GCGGUACCGUGUGUCUCAGCCAGUGGAUUAUGUUGGUGGUGUCUGCACGAAUGCCAAGUUAACAUCUUCUUUUUUGGACGUUGAAAGCUUUCGGAGUAUACGCUUUUUGGAAAUUUAAUCUGAACUUUGUGAGAAGAUGGAUAACAAGGAAGCAAAGAGUUGUGCCAACAGUGUCCUCUCCUGGGAGCAGGUGAGCCGGCUGAAUGAAGUCCUGACGGAGGUCGUGCCUGUUCACGGUAGGGGGAACUUCCCUACUUUAGAGGUGCGGCUGAAAGACAUUGUGGCACGGGUGCGCUCCCGCCUGGAGCUCAGUGGCAUCAGAGUAAAGGACGUUCGGCUCAAUGGCUCCACUGCCAGCCAUGUGCUGGUGCAAGAUAUCGGCUGGAGCUACAAGGAUCUGGACGUCAUCUUCAGGGUGGACCUGCCGCAUGAAGCAGAGUUCAGGCUCAUUAAGGACGUGGUGCUGGGCACCCUGCUGGACUUUCUGCCUGAGGGUGUGAACAAAGAGAAAAUCACACCCAUGACUCUCAAAGAGGCGUAUGUCCAGAAGCUGGUCAAGGUUAACACAGAGCAGGACCGCUGGAGUCUCAUCUCCCUCUCCAACAAUAAUGGCCGCAACGUGGAGCUGAAGUUUGUGGACUCAAUACGUCGGCAGUUUGAGUUCAGCGUGGACUCCUUUCAGAUUGUGCUGGACUCAGUGCUCACCUUUUAUGAACUGGCAAAUACGCCCAUGUCGCAGGCCUUUCACCCUACUGUGAGUGGGGAGAGCAUGUACGGAGACUUCAGUAUGGCACUGAGCCACCUGCGGAACAAGCUCAUCGCCACCAAGAGGCCCGAGGAGAUCCGAGGUGGCGGCCUGCUGAAAUACUGCAAUCUGCUGGUGCGGGACUUUCGGCCAGCCAGCGAGGAGGAGUUCAAAGCCCUGGAGCGGUACAUGUGUUCACGUUUCUUUAUUGACUUCCCUGACAUCGGUGAGCAGCAGCGCAAGGUGGAAGCCUAUCUCCAGAGCCACUUUGUUGGCGAGGAGAAGAGCAAGUACGACUACCUCAUGAUCCUGCGGCGAGUGGUCAACGAGAGCACCGUGUGCCUCAUGGGUCACGAGCGACGGCAGACCCUCCACCUCAUCUCACUGAUGGCCUUCCGGGUGCUGGCAGAGCAGAACGCCAUCCCUGAUGCAUCCUGCGUCACCUGCUACUAUCAGCCCGCGCCUUAUGUCCGAGACCACAACUUCAGCAACUACUAUGUGGCUAACCAGAACAUUCCAACAUGGCUGCCAUGUAACUGACAAAAGAAACAAGUGGAAGGAUGUACAAGAGAGCACGGCCGCUGCUGCUUUCCAGCAGAGGGAAGGAAUAAAAAUUAAAAAACAGAAACUCCAAAAAAAUUAAAUAUUGAGGCAAUAAAUGCUUUGUUCCUCACAAGGCACAAAUGACUAUAUUUAAGUGGACAAGUGUUUUGCUUUUGUUUUUGGAAUCCUUUCUCAUUCCUUAUCUACAGAGGUGUCUAGGUCAUUGAAUAGAAAGUGAUAUUUUUAAGUGUUAUUUAGAUUUUUUUUUUUUCUCUCAUCAUGUUUGUUUGUUUGUUUGU